UUGACAUUAUAUCAAAACGAACCAAAUCAAAACAAAACGAUCUUUUCUGUCAAUUGUUUGAACUUAUGUUAAUGAAUUCAUAAAAAAUAAUAACUUGUGAUUUCUAAUCGUGUUCGUGUGUUAUAAUUAAGGCCCAUCAGAAAUAAUUGCCUAUGUUAUUCUAAUUGAUAAGGCAAACGUACGAUGGAUUCAACUACUGACUAUGACGAUAAGAUCGGUGAAGAUUAUGCAUUGGAAGCUGCACAUUUAUUAGGAAAUAUUUGUACGACUACUAAAAACGUAGUUACGCUGCAUAAACAGUUGUUGGACAUUAAUUUGUCCAUUGAUGCAUAUAUAGCAGAGAGUGAGAGUAGGCUGAGAGAGCUGCGCAUGAGUUUAGCUCGUCAAGCGGAAAGCUCACAUCAAGUUGUGGAAAUCUUUAGUGAUAAAUAAUAUUAAGCAAACUUAUACCUAUGAAAAGAAUGCCAUAGAACCAUACCAAUGAAAUUAGGAAGACCAACAACUCAUAAACACAGUUCAUACAACAGUGGGCCAGAAACAUUGUGGUAUGGUAUAAAGGAUGUCAAAGACUGUUAAAAUCAAUACCUGAUGUUGUUUUUAUCAGAUAUUGGAAUAUCUUGUUUCUGUAAAAUGAAAUAAAAAGAAAUUAAAGGAAAUAAAUAAAUUUAAUUUAAUUUAUUGCUUUUAUAAUUGUUACAAUAACUGACAGGGUUGAUAUACCCCCUACCAGGUGGACUGACAACUUCAAGCGAGCCGCAGGAUGCAGUCUUCUUAGGAUUGUGAUAUUUGUAAGUCCUUUGAACUAUUACAAUAAUUUCCAGCUAGGCAAUGUGCCUAUUUAAAAUGGUCAUAUUUAAAGUUGUAAUAUAUAAGUGAAAUCUAUACUUAUAAUAAAUCUGUAGAGAGGUCAAUUCUGUACAUGAAAUAUAUUUCCAAAAUAACUCUCAGGGGGUGAUUAGUGAUCGAUACUGAUGCCAAAAAUGCAAUCAGUAAAAUUUUUGUCUGUCUGUCUGUCUGUCUGUCUGUCUGUCUGUAUGUUCUUUAUAGAAACAAAAACUACUGGACGGAUUUUAACGAAACUUGGUACAAUUAUUCAACAUACUCCUGGGCAGGUUAUAGUAUACUUUUCAUAACGCUACGAUCAAUAGGAGCAGAGCAGUGAAGAGAAAUGUUGAGAAAACGGGAGAAGUUACUCAAUUUUUUUAGCUUCCGUCGCGUGUACAGCUUUAAUGGUUAAAGAUACAUAGAAAUCAUGUAUGACGGAAAUGUUCUCCUUAAAAUUAUCUAUAAAAACACAACAGCAUAUAUAUGUCGAUCUUUUAUGGUUGACUCACAAUAACACGCGUAACUCCCGAUAGCUUAGCAGUUCGGAGCUUUCUAAUUAUAUCUGUCUACUCUUAUGUUUAUAACACUCAUCACUCAUCCCUAGCUAAAAAAGUUAACAUUAUUACCUAUUCAAUAAAAAAAGAAUCAUAAAAAUCGGUAAAGAAACACCAAAGUUAUACAAGAAAUACGCUAAGCCAUCGCGCGUGAAUACUAAUUCAUGCUAUAUGGAUUAUUUUUGUGUAACGGUUGCCGCGCUCGAUGCGACUCGCGGGGGGUAUAAAGAAUAAAGAAUAAAAAUAAUAAAUAAAGAAGGUAGGGUAGGGUAGGGGUAGGGUAGGGGUAUGGUAGGGGUAGGGCAAGGGUAGGGUAGGGUAGGGGUAGGGUAGUGUUAGGGUAGGGGUAGGGUUGAGAUAGGGUAGGGUAGAGGUAGGGUAGGGUAGGAUAGGGGUAGUUGAAAGUUUACAACGACUUUCACGCGGACGAAGUCGCGGGCGUCCGCUAGUAAUUAAAUAAAGAAGUAAAUUAAACCAACCUCCGUGUAAUUGUCUGUUAGUUGUAGAUAGAUAGAUUGGCAACUACAAAAAAUACUUUGCAUAUUUUAGCUUCAGUUUUUUUUGAAAGUCAAAUUUAGAUAAUGAUUGAGAGGACAUAGGCCUCUUGUAAACUUCCAGACACCACAGACUCAAGCUGUCAGCGUCCAUCAGCUCUGCACCCUGGUUGAUGUUCUCUGCCCAACUAGUGGGAGGUCUACCAACAUUGCGCUGUCCAAACCAUAUGGGCCAAUGAGGCAGAGAUAUUGUUAAUUAUAAUAUUCCUUUAAAUACUGAUUAUCAGCCUCGAUGAUGCAGCGGUUAGCCUGCAUGGCUUGGAAUCACGAGGUUUUGGCUUAUAAGUCUGCUUCCCCAAUGGUUGUGUAGUUUUAAACUCAUUUCUAUGUAGGUAUUUAGGUGUUCUGAAAACUCAAAGCAUACUCAAAAAAGUCCAGUUAUCAAGUUAUUUUAUAAAGGAAAACGAAAACUUUAUUUUAUAAAGGGAUAUUUUGUGGGCUAACAUGAACCAUUGAUUAUGUUCUUCAAAAAAAAAGCCUUGGACAUAAAAUUUCAUCACAAUCGGUUCAUUCAGUUUUAAACUAAAAGGGUUUGUUUGCUAACGUUUUCAAUCUAAUAUAUAAAAUUAUCGUGUCACAGAUUUGUUGCCAUACUCCUCCGAAACGGCUUGAACGAUUUUGAUGAAAUUUUUUGUGCUUAUUCAGUAUCUAUGAGAAUAGGCCAACAUCUAUUUUUAUACGCCUAAUUGUUAUUCGAAUCGUCCGUGGGUAGGGGUAGUUGAAAGUUUACAUCGAGUUUCACGCGGACGAAGUCGCUUGCGUCCGCUAGUAACUCAAUAAAAAUCAGUUAAGUAUAUGUUCACACCACGUCAAACUUGUAAUUUUUUUAAUGUUAAUAUUGUGGGUUAGUAUAGUUGAUAGGUAAGCCUGAGCCAGAGUGUAUGGAACCACUUUAGUCGAGUCUUCAGUAAAUACAACAGGUAUAAAAGUGGCGGCAAAAUAAUUGGCGAAGUUUAUAGCGCGUGUAAUGAAGUGGCGGGUGCUGUGCGGGGCGCGGGGGGCGGCUAGUGUAGUGGCCGUAGCGAUGUUCGCUGCGCUGCUGUGUGUCGCUGCUCUCGCGGGUCUAGAGUGCACGCACAUAUUCUCACUGGAGAAGGACUUCAGCCGGUUGUCUGACGACGCGGAGCUCGCCAAACACGUGCAGGAGGUGCUGAGCCGGCUGCGGACCUUCAAGGUGGCAGUGCAUCCCCGCAUCCGCCUGUUCUACCGCCUGCUGCGGCGCGCGGUGGCGCGGUACGACCGCCGCACCGCCGCCUCGCUCUACAACCCCAACACCUACCGCCGGCAGCGCAACACGCAACUGUAGUAGAGAACUACAUCCGCCUGUUCUACCGCCUGCUCCGCCUCGCUCUACAACCCCAACACCUACCGCCGGCAGCGCAACACGCAACUGUAGUAGACAACUACAUCCGCCUGUUCUACCGCCUGCUCCGCCUCGCUCUACAACCCCAACACCUACCGCCGGCAGCGCAACACGCAACUGUAGUAGACAACUACAUCCGCCUGUUCUACCGCCUGCUCCGCCUCGCUCUACAACCCCAACACCUACCGCCGGCAGCGCAACACGCAACUGUAGUAGACAACUACAUCCGCCUGUUCUACCGCCACCGAGUUGGUAAUCAUGGAAACAAGUAUCUAAACGGGGCUUUCGUAUUUGUGCGAGUUAUUCGCCGAAGUAUUUGCCGAGUAUCUAAACUAACCACCUAUAAAUAUCAAUGCAAUAUUACUUGGUUCUUUUAUUUUAUGACAAGUCCUUGACUGAUAUCUCACCUGAAGUUACGAGUAUGUGACGAUACAGUCAUAGCUUUGGUCUCUUGAUCCGCGCCGCAGCAUCACGCCGCAGAGACCGUCUCUGACGCUGACGUCGAUGGAAUUACGUUUAUGUGUCCGACACCGCACGCCGCACACCCAGCGUUGUGCGGUACGAUUAAGGGACCAUAUAGUGAUGACAGUGGGCUUGAUUGGAAGAGGUAAGUACAAGUUUAUUCAAACCUUGUGCUGACUCGUGAAUCUAUGAUUCUACCAAUACCACUCUGACGAUUUCUAAGUGGCAUCGUACCGGAACGCUAACUCUCUUGGCGGUACGUCUUUGCCGUUAGAGUAGUAACCAGCCACGGCCGAUGCUCACCACCAGACCAGAGUCCAGACCUCAGUCUUUUUAGAAAAUAUAAAAUCCUAAACUGAUGCGAGUUGGAAAUCAAACAACCAAUCAACCAUCUUAGUUAUUAUUCCAACCAAGCAUCUUAGUUAUUACUAGACUCUAUAAAGAGGCAACAACUCUGAUGCGUGGGCGCGAUCUCUCGGCUAUCAUGAACUGUUUACAUUGUUAUAUUAGUUUUAAAAUAAAAUUCAAUUGUAGUACAAAAUAUUGUUAUAAUAAAACAAAAGAUAAAAUAUAUUAAAUUCGUUUUUUUUAUUAUGAACUAGCGCAGCUUUACCUAUCA